AUGAAGCAUCAGGUUUUCGAUGGGGAAAUGAAAAAUCUUAUUCCUCGAGUCAUCACCGAAUUGUCACACAAUAUUUGUAUGAGAUUUGCUCUGCGAACAAACAGCCAGAAAACGACAAGGCAAAUAAAAAACAAGUGCAAAUUAACUAAUAAGAGUGCCGAACAAAAUGUACAGAAUUCUUCAGAUAAUGAAGUGUCCAAAGAAAGUUCUCCUACGCACACAGAAGUUAGUACAUCAAUAAACGAAAAGUCGUUGAAAAGAGCACGAAAACCGCUAACUAAACCAUCAACGAAACGAAGUGAUGUAUCGGACGUAAGAAAAAGAACAAUUGUGGAGACUGAAAACGAUGAAGAUGAAGAUAUUGAUCUACAAACGGAACAAUGGCUUAAGCGAAGUAAAUCCCGAUCUCUUAAUGCGGGAUUUUCUGCUUUUCCAAAAACUAUCAAAAACAAGCCAAAUAUGCUUCACUUUGACAAUACAGAAAUUAAACAGACACAUAGCGAAUCAUUUUCAAUUACGUCAGAAGCAACUGCUCCUUGGCAGCAUGAAUAUUUUGUGUCCUAUCCCAAAAAUUGGAAAGAGGCAUCAUUCUUCGUCGGGCCAAUUUUAAUAGAUACACGUGAUCUAGAAACCUUGAUGCCAAAUAUGGAAUUAAAUGACAGCAUUGUAAAUAGUUUUUUGAAUAUAAUGAGAAAUAAACAUGAUGCGAAAGGUAUUUUAAUUUUCGAUUUUUUUGUGUCGUUGUUAGAUGAUGGUGAACGUUUUGAAUUCAUCAGAUGGGUUCAAAAAGUGAAAGGCUGGAUGCAUAAAAUUUGGCUAAUGCCUAAAUGCGAAAAUGGUCACUGGACACUUUUAAUAAUCGUCUUCCCAACCAACACAAUUAUAUACCUAGAUUCGCUACACGGUACACCCUCGAAAACCCUGAUGAGGAGAUUAUGUGCAUUUAUAGAAAAAUCUCAUGGAAAAAAAGAUUUCCCUGCAUUCAGCUGGAGAGAUUGGACUUUAUUUUGUCCACGAGAUAUUCCAACCCAAUAUUCAUCAUCUGAGAUUGGUGUUAAUUGA